AUGAAGAAUAUAUUCUCUUUAUUCUCUUUCAAAAGAAAGAGCCCAUCAUCAAGCCCAAACACUAGCCCAACCACGAGUCCUACACUUAGCCCUAUUACAAGCCCAGUGCUCUCUGGCCACAAAUCAACCAGUAUCUACUCUUUCCAGUUGGACACUGAUACGCCAUCGUUGAGUGAUGUCCUUGGAGGCGGAUCAUCGACAACAAUGUUUGGCGCCCCACUCAGUCUUGAUGGCGCAGUCGACUGGUUCACCCCAUCCAGUGGUGCCAAAGACGCCUCGUCGUCCACCAACACCUCGACCUUUCAUCACUUCCAACAGUUGGGCGAGGAAGUAAAGAUUCACAUAUUCUCCUUCCUGAGCUUCCGUGACAUCCUGUCAUUGUCUGUGUGCUCGCGCGACAUGUACAGAUACAGCCACGAUCGCAUCCUCUGGCAAACCAUCUUUGAGCGAUCUGGCUGGCCACUCUCCCGAGAGAUCAAGCUCAACAAGAACUUCAACCUAAUGAGAUACUACUACGACAAAGCAAACAUAUCAUCAAAUGACACCAUCUGUUGGAGUUCAAUCACAAACUCACAUGGAAGGAUUCCAACAAAGAGAUACAAGCACACUGCCAUACCCUACAAGAACUACAUUGUCCUCAUUGGAGGCCAAGAGACAAACGCCAAGCGCUUUGGCGAGAUAAUAUACUACAACACCAAGACCAACACGUUCGAGACCCACACGGUCAAGGGCGAUCAGAUUCCCAACUUCUCGCGCCACACCUCACGCGUCAUUGACAAGAAGGUCUACUUGUUUGGUGGCUACAAUGGAGCAGGCACCUACUACAACCUGGCCAUUUACAAUCUGGAGAAGAGACGCUGGAGCAAUGUGCCAAUGUCCGCCAUGACUGGCGACAUCCCUCCACCACGCUCCAACCUAACCAGCGCCGUGGUCGGCACCGACUUUUAUAUAUUCAGUGGCAACAACACUGCCGACAAUGGCCAGUACACCAUACUGGACGACUUCUAUCGUCUUGACACCAACACUCUGCACUGGACUCGCAUUGAGGCCUCGGGCGAUGUGCCAACCGGUCGCGGUGGUCACUGUAUGGAGGUGAUCGACAACAAGAUCUACCUGUUUGGCGGUGGCGCAUGGAACCCAAGCGGCGGCUGGGCAUCACGCUUCAACGACAUCCACGUCUACAACCCAGUCACCAACCACUGGACACACCCUCAACUGAACGGCGUGUCACCCGCCACCAGCACCUUCCCCGCGUCAUUCGUCUAUGGCCGCUUCCUGGUGCUGUUUGGCGGUGGCUGCCACCGCACCAACCGCGUCACCAACCAUCUCUACGCCCUGGACACAGACUCAAUGUCGUGGAUCAAGCUGUCAAUACCCUCAUCGGUAGAUGAACUGCGUCCACGCGACAUGUCCACCUCGACCGUCAUCAACAACCAAGUCUACAUCUACGGUGGCUUCUCUGGAGGUGCCAUCGAUUACUUUGACAAGCUCACCUUCAACUUUACACCAGCUACAGCUCAAUCAUGCUAA